AUGGGGCUUCCAUUCUCGGAGAAUUUACUGGUUUCGGCACAAGGGACUUUCACACUCGGGUUCUUCAGCCUGGACACCGGCACUUAUUUAGGAAUCUGGUACACAAGUGAUGUUAACAACAAGAAAGUCUGGGUUGCUAACAGAGAUAAGCCUAUAUCUGGCACCAAUGCAAAUCUCAUGUUGGAUGGCAAUGGCACAUUGAUGAUCAUUCAUAGUGGGGGUGAUCCAAUUGUCUUGAAUUCCAAUCAAGCAUCCGGAAACUCCAUAGCUACCCUGCUUGAUUCUGGAAAUUUUGUUGUGGCAGAGUUAAAUACAGAUGGAUCGGUGAAGCAGACACUAUGGGAAAGUUUCGAUGAUCCUACAGACACGCUCCUGCCUGGGAUGAAACUAGGCAUCAACUUGAAAACCAGGCAAAAACUGGUCACUCGCUUCGUGGAUAAACGAACAAGUGCCUGCUCCUGGGACUUUCACUCUAGAAUGGAAUGGCACACAACUGGUAAUGAAACGCCGAGGGGACAUCUACUGGAGCAGUGGAAUUCUAAAAGAUUUGGCUAUUCAGUUCAAGACGGAGCUAUUUCAAAGUGGGUAUUGAACUCGAGAGGGGGAUUUUUUGACACUCACGGAACUCUAUUCGUGAAGGAAGAUAUGUGUGAUCGUUAUGACAAAUAUCCAGGGUGUGCAGUGCAAGAGCCACCCACUUGCAGGACUAGAGACUACCAAUUCAUGAAGCAAUCGGUUCUCAAUUCAGCAUAUCCAUCAUUAAUGAACAUAGAUACGAGCUUGGGCCUUAGUGAUUGUCAGGCUAUAUGCAGGAACAAUUGUUCUUGUACUGCUUGUAAUACUGUAUUCACCAAUGGAACUGGAUGUCAGUUUUGGAGGGAUGAAUUGCCACGAGCCCAAGUGGGUGAUGCAAAUCAGGAGGAGCUCUACGUUUUGUCCUCAUCAGAAGACAUAGGGGAUAGAGAAGGGAAGAAAGUCGAGCUACCUGAAGUUGGGGAUAGAAAAAAGAAGAAAGUUAAGUUCCGUGAACCUUUGGCUUCUGUUAUUUUAUUUACGUUGGAUGACAACUGA